GACUUUAUUUACGCAUAGCGUAGUGAUAACACAGUUCGCCAGUAUAGCUCGUACCCGGGACCUGUGAGGAACUUGUUUUGAGAGACGCAGCUGAGACAGAGUUGAACACUUUUUGCAUGAGAUAACACAUUUAACGCGUAAAAUAAUGGAAAACUUGAAAGAUGUUUGCAUCGAAAGGGCACCUCACCGGUUAGAAGCUGCUUAUGGAGAAAUUUUCACGAGAGGUGCAUUGGAUUUUCUGCAUGAUCUGUUCACUGAAUUUGAUAGCGAGGUUGAAAAGCUGUUGAGACGUAGAUUGGAACGACAAUUGUACAUCAAGCAGGGUAAAUGGAAACCGGAGUUUAGGAACAAUAGCGAAGAACUGGAUUGGAAAAUAAACGACCUACCGGUAAGGUUGCGAAAUCGAAAGUUGGAUCUGGGCGAUGUGAGUCCAGCUAAUACGACCAACUUUGUCGACAGCUUGUACGCAAAGGUGCAAGGUAUCCAAGUGGACUUUGACGACGGUCAUUGCCCUACCUGGCGGAAUACGGUGCAAGGUUUGUAUAAUGUGACGAAAGCAGUGCACGCUGGAUUGCCUGGAGCUCCGACAAAUAUUCAAGACUGCCCCAUACUGAUGCUUAGACCAAGGGCUUUCAAUAUGAUUGAACAUCACUGUAUGAUCGGUGGAAAGCAAGUAAUUGGACCGUUGUUUGACUUUGCCAUUUUGAUGUACCAUAAUGCGAAGCUAAUGGCUGAUCUGGGAGUAGGACCUUACUUCUAUCUAUCAAAAAUUGAGGGUCCCAAUGAAACACAGCUGUGGAACAAAAUUUUCACAUGGACCGAACAUCGACUUAACUUAGUCAGUGGAACCAUCAAGGCAUGUGUAUUGAUUGAAAAUAUCCUCGCGGCUUACCGCAUGGAAGAUAUCCUGCACUCCAUCAAAGAGCAUGCAAUCGGUCUGAACUGCGGCAUUUGGGACUAUUCGGCGAGUAUCAUUGCCAAAUUUGGAGAUAGGUCGGAUUUUAUGAUUCCUGAUCGUAAUAAGUAUGUUAACAUGGGCCAACCUUUUCUGAAGAACUACAUGAAGCUACUGAUCCACAUUUGUCAUAAGCGGGGUGCUCUGGCUACGGGGGGAAUGGCAGCCAAAAUCCUUCCUUGUGGGAAGGGAUCAAACAAUGUAAUCGACGACAUUAUAGAAAGCGUAAAAAUGGCAAAAUCCGUAGAAAUUGAAGCCGGAGUAGACGGAUUCAUGAUCUACGAUCUUCGAAUGGUGGAGGCGAUAAACGACUUGUGGGAACACAAAUGUCCCACUGAUAAUCAACUGCGAGUUCUUCCUGAUGUUCAUCAUGUAACAGCGUUCAGUUUAGUGAAGAUCCCCGACGGUGGCGUUACCAUGGAAGGAUUGGAGAACAACAUUACGGUUGCACUUUUAUUUAUCUACCAUUGGUUCAUGGGCAGUGGCGUGUUCUAUCUGAAUGGUGCUGUGGAAGAUUCUGCAACGGCGGAGAUUUCCCGCUCGCAAAUUUGGCAAUGGAUUCGACAGCGGGCCCCAAUCGAAGGUAAACCGGGAGCCUUUGUUACGAGGUCACUGGUCUACACUAUGCUGGAUGGUGUUAUUUCCAAAGCGUACAAAUCUUGGUGCACUUCCAUACCCGAUCGGAAGCGAUUACUUUCGUCGAAGUAUGUUUUGUUGGAGAUUAUUUCUUCUCGUAACUACAUUGAAUACAUCACAACGUUCCUGAGUGAUAGCCACAAGUUCAGGACGCUGCACAACAAAAACGAUGGGUUGGAGUCAAAACUAUAAGAGGGGAGGCCAAACAGUUAAACAAAAUGAUCAUAUUGAUAAAGGUUUAUUGUUAAACAAA